GGGGAGAUUUUUAAUUUUUUUCAGAUGAACAAGAACAUUUUAUUUACAAAGAAGAGUUGCAAGGCAAUAUGUAUUAGAAAAUACAAGGCAAUAUUUAGAAGAUGUAAAACUAUGCAAUCACUUAUUUUAAGAUAACUCUCAAACUUUAGAAAAAUUACAAAGGAAAAAGGAAAAAAAAAUUAGUAAGGAAAAUACCUGUCUCCAAGCCCAUGCACUUUCUCUUCAUUUUUUUUUAACAUUCCUUUUUUUUUUUAAUCUUUUGCAUUAGGGUUUAUCAUAGGAUAUUGAAUACAGUUCUCUGUGCUAUACAGUAGGACUUUGUUGUAAGAUGGGACAUCUUUGAUUAUGUUUCAAUGUUAGAAGUAUAAGUACAGUGGAGUAGAAGUUGAUGGUGAUGGAAAAGAGCAAAGGAAUAAUUAAUAAAGCAGGCUUUCUGAGAAGGUAGGAAGGGAUUAGACCAGUGGUUCUUAAAGGGGAAAUUUUGCCCUCUAGGGGACAUUUGGCAAUAUCCCUUUCACAACUAGAGGGGAUACUACUGGAUAGAGUCCACGGAUGCUACUAAGCAUCCUACAGUGAUAGGAUGGUACCCCCAUAACAAAGAAGUAUCCAGCUCAAAAUGUGCCAAAGGUGGGAAACAUGACGUAGCAAAGUAGCAGAUAUUGACGUUAGAUAAGAAGGCAGACACAUCUUGUUUGCAAAGUGAAAGAAACCAUGAUGCUGUGGAACUAGUUUUGUACUAGUGGCAAGAAAAUGAGGAAUCCUUCUUUCAUUGUUAAGAGUUUCUCUGCAAAGUAAGAUGUAAGAUCAUUUAUUGAAGAGAUAAGGUUGAGACCAUAUGAGAUUCAAAAUCUUGGAGGAAUUGUGGAAAGGUCUUUGGAUAACUAGGAGUUUAAAUUGCCUGUUGGGCUUUUCCUUUAGUGUUGAAGCCCCAUUUAGAGUAUGUGGACUCAAAGUUUUAGUGCUUCCCGUAUAACUUAUUGGAUAGGAAUUACCCAGGCAGGAUAGACAGAUGGUUGGAAUUAUCUAAGGCAGGUGUUAUGAUUCCUCAGAGAGGAAUUUGAGGUUUUAGAAAAUAUAUUAUUGAAGGGAUGGGCCAUGGCAUUUCAUAUGUAGUGCCAAGGAAAUGAGGAUUAUAAAUAGCAAUAUGGUGGAAGUAUGGAUGGCUUGGAAGCUUCUAUGAGGUAGGAAAGCAGAUGCAAUACAGGCAAAAAAGUGAACAAGAUGGAAGUAUACCUACUGUGUUCAGAAAGUGGAAUGUCUGACUUUUUGCCUUCGUAGAGAGCAAGGUGAUGAUAAAUUUAAGGUGUUUGGUUGAGAUGUGGAAGCCAUGGACGUUUGCUAGUUUAUGCCCAAGAACAUGGAAUCAUCUUCAAUCCGAGCAGGGAUGGGAGUUAAAAUGAAGAAUGGGAGUCAGGUGACAGUGACUUUAAUGGGUCAGGUCUAUAUGUUGGUGCUAAUUCAGGGGAGAAGCCAGUGAGGUGCCUCAGUGGAGAUGGAAUUUUUGAUAAGUGGUGGGUAAUGUGGUUUCAUAAUGUGGAGAAUGUACAUUAGGAAUGGAGAAGGUCAAGAAUACCCACUAUAUUGCUUUGAGGUUGUACAUGGCGUGCAAAACAAUGACCCAGGAUCACAGACAGCUUGAAUCUGAAAGGAACACAUAUUGGAUGCAUGGUGAUGUAACUGUCCUAAGUGCAAAGGAGAAACAGAAAGCUUGUGAAUUCUCUUGUUAGUAUUUCUUUAUUUCAGAGCCCUGCCUGGAGUGGAUCAUAGAAGCAGUAAGAGGAGCAUCCUUGUUCUCCUGGUUGCUGUCUGAUCAUAGUUACUACUUACGGACUUGCAGAAUGGCAGCCCCACAUCUGUCCACUAUAUGUGCUCUGCCUGUCCUAGACCCUUCCUGUGCCCAUGAGAGGAUCACAGAGAUGGAAAACUUCCACUCUGGGUUACAAAACUCAAUAACCUUUGAGGAUGUGGCCGUGGACUUCACCCAGGAGGAGUGGGCAUUGCUGAAUUCAUCUCAGAGAAAACUGCACAGAGAUGUGAUGCUAGAGAACUAUAGAAACUUGGUUUCACUGGGACAUCAACUCAGCAAGCCUCCUCUCAUCACCCAGAUGGAGCAGGAAGAUGAAAUGGACAUAGUAGAGAGAAGAAUUCACCAAGACACCUGUUCGGAUGAGCUGAUUCUCCUUAAAACCAAACAACAACGGCAAAAACAAGGUAUUUUGGAGAAAUAUACGCUCAAUGGCAAGAAGGAACAAAGUCUUGGAGGCAAUCCCAUUCAAUGCAGUGAAAUUGUUGAAGCCUUGAGUGUGAAAUUUAACAUUACUCAGAAUAAAAUUUACCCUAGCAAGAAAGCCCAUCGAUACCUUGACUCUGCAAAAGCCCUUAGAGAUUCUUCACAUCUUAAGCCAUCUGAGGGAAUUCUUCCUCGGGAAAAAUCUUAUGAAUGUAAAAAGGACGAGAAUGCCUUCCUCAGGAGUUCUAACUUAGCUGGGCACAAGAGACAACAUACAGAAGAGACAUCCCAUGAACGCAGUGACUUGGGGAAAGUAAAUUCAAUCUCACACCUUAAGAAGGAUGAAAAAACUCACUCUAGAGAGAAACCUUUUGAGUGUAAUGAGUGUGGUAAAGUAUUACAGAGCCAUUCAUCCAUUAAGUUGCACAUGAGAAUCCACACUGGAGAAAAACCGUAUAAGUGUGAUCAGUGUGGGAAAGCCUACAGCUCAAGCUCUUACCUUACGCGUCACAAGAGAAUUCAUACCGGGGAGAAGCCCUAUGAGUGCCGUGACUGUGGAAAAACCUUCCGAGAUAGCUCACUUCUCAGACAACAUUCAGGGACUCAUUCAGAAGAAAAACCCUACAAAUGUGAUCAAUGCACCAAAACCUUCAGUAGAAGCUAUAGGCUUGCCAUACACCAGAUAACACAUACUGGAGAGAAACCCUAUACGUGCAAUGACUGUGGGAAAACUUUCAGUAUUCUCCCAUAUUUUAAAAGACAUGAGAGAAUCCACACUGGAGAGAAAUCCGUUGAAUGUAGCCAUUGUGGUAAAGCCCUGAGUAGUCAGUCAUCUCUUAAGGUACACCUGCGGAUACAUACUGGAGAGAAACCUUUCAAGUGUGAUCAAUGUGGGAAAGCUUUUAGGCUGAGCUCCAACCUUAUCACGCACAAGAAAAUUCAUACUGGAGAGAAACCCUGUAAGUGCAAUGACUGUGGGAAGGCUUUCAGGGAUCGUUCAUGUCUUAAAGAACAUGUGAGAAUUCACACUGGAGAAAAACCCUUUACAUGUAAUCAAUGUGGAAAAGACUUCAGAGUGAAAUCUUUCCUUAUUUUGCACAAGAAAAUUCACAUGAAAAUGAAACAUGAAUGUAAGGAAUGUGGGAAAACCUUCCAUGGUCUCUUAUCUUAUGGGAGGCAUAUGAAAAUCCAUACCAGGGACAAGAAACCUUUUAAGUGCAGUGAGUGUGGAAAAGCUUUUAGCAGGCAUGUGUCCCUUACAGUACACAUGAGAAUUCACACUGGAGAGAAACCCUACGAGUGUAAUCAUUGCGGAAAAUCCUUUAGUGUAAAGUGUAAUCUCAACGUGCACAAAAGAAUACAUACUAAAGAAAAACCCUAUAAAUGCAAUGUCUGUGGGCAAGGUUUCAGUAAAUCCUUUCCCCUUCGGCGUCAUGAGAGAACUCAUGCUCAAUAAAUCCCCUUUUAAUGAUAUCCAUGUAAAGUAGCUUUCAGUGAACUCUCAAUCUUUAAGGCAUACAACCAAAUGCUAAGUGAAAAGAACUGGUUGUGAAGAAUGUGAGAAAGCCUCUAAGUAAUGCAUAUAUGGAAGAAACCUAAGUUAUGCAAUGACUGUGAAAAAUCCUUUAUUCAUUCAUUAUCCCUUAGAAGAUAUGUGAUAACGCUGAAGGGAAAAUGUUUUAAUAUCUUCAAGACUUGUUACUUGGGCUUCCCUGGUGGCGCAGUGGUUGAGAGUCUGCCUGCCGAUGCAGGGGACACAGGUUCG